CAUCUCUACUGCUCGCCUGCUCAAUGCCGGCCCUGGCUCCCAUCUCAGCCAAUGUACCUGCAAGAGUACCGCUAGGUAAGGAAGAUGGCGCUGUCGUUGCCUCUACAGCAGCAACAGCAGCAGCGACGGCAGCUGCAGCGGGUGCGAAACGGAAACAAAAGGCGAGUGCGUUAUGUUAUACCCCGCCAGCGAUGAUCAAUGAUCGGAAGAGAGAUCGCUCUUACUUUCGCAGAGGGCUCUUAGGAGAGGGCGGAUUUGCUCGGUGUUUCGAAGUGACGGACUUUCAAGGCACGCGACUCGCUGCCAAGUGUAUUGCCAAAAAGUCCAUUACGAGUGAAAAGGUCAAGAUGAAGCUGCUUGGUGAGAUCAAAGUACACAAGUCAAUGGAUCACCCGAAUAUCGUCAAACAAAGGGAUUGCUUCGAGGAUGAUGUCAAUGUCUACAUGAUUUUGGAUAUUUGCACACAGGGUACCUUGAUGGAAAUGCUCAAGCAAAGGAAGCGCUUCUCUGAGCCCGAGGUACGUUUCUUUGGCCUACAAAUUCUCGGUGCGGCCAAGUAUAUGCACUCGAGACGCGUCAUUCAUCGCGACUUGAAGCUCGGCAACCUAUUUCUCGAUGAAGCCAUGAACAUCAAGGUCGGUGAUUUCGGCCUCGCCGCAUUGUUGGUGGAUGACGAUGACCGGAAAAAGACAAUCUGCGGAACGCCCAACUAUAUUGCGCCCGAGGUUCUCUUUGGCUCUGCCGAGGGCCACUCGUAUGAAGUGGAUUUGUGGUCUAUUGGCGUCAUCUUUUAUGCAAUGCUUGUGGGCAAACCGCCCUUCCAGAGUAAAGAGGUCAAGGCCAUUUACGCAAAAAUCAAAGUCAAUGAGUAUGAUUUCCCAGAAGAGGCAAAAGUCUCACAGGUCGCGCAAGGACUCAUCCGCUCCCUCCUCGCAACCGAUCCAGAAAACCGACCUUCUAUUGACGAUAUUGCAAAUCAUGCCUUUUUCAAUACCGGUGUCAUGCCGCGACAGAUUCCACCCUCAGCAACGCACGAAGCGCCAAGUUGGCCCGCUGGACAGAGCUCGAGUGUCUUUCGCCGAAACUUGAAUCAUGUCUGUUUCAAUGCCGGUAUUGGUAAGGAGAAUAUUGCAGGCAAGGAAUAUGGUCAGCUUGCCGAUAGCGUUGUUGAGAGACCCGAACAAGGUCGUUACCUCCCAGUCAGUUUGAGUCCGCAUACUGGACCCGCUGCCAAAAUGGUCCAUGGGCAUGCUCGUCGCCCUGGUGCAACAAGCCAGGGACAAGUUUCUGGUAAACUAGCAGAUCGAUUACAGGCAGUCAAGAUGGGUGAGGUGCCUCGACCACCACCUGUGCCGCCCAAGUCAAAAGAAGAGAUGGCUGCGCAUCAAGCGCAAAUUGAUCAGUUGAGAGAGAGGAGACAAUCGACUAUGCUGACUGGUGCUGUGCGUCCUGCUAUUGUUCGUGGACCUGCAUCAGCGCCUGGUAUGGAGCAUGUUGCUGAACAACCUAGAUUGCGAGGUGCAGUGAGAGCCGUGGAGGGACCAGCACCUAUUACUCGAUCAUCACGCUUUGCAUCACUUCAAGCAACAUCCCAACCUUCAGCACCGUUACAUCCAGUUCAAGAUGUCUCACAAGAACCGCUGAGACUACGCACUCGUGCUGCCCGACGCGCAUUGACCCAGCCUGCCGUUCAAGCAGUAGCUGUUGUACCCUCUUCCUCUUCAUCACGACAAGCAUCGCGAGAAGCAUCGCCGAGACCGGUGGCUGCGCUUUCUCGUCAAGCAAGCACACGUACCUAUUCAACCACGAGUUCUUCAUCACUCGCAGCAGCAGCUGCUGUCCAGGCAAAAACAUUGACGCAGUCGCUGCUAACGCUCUCACGUCGGCUACUAGAGACUGCCGCCUUAUCUGGCACAGCUCGGGCUGGCUUGCAAGCUAGCAUGGAAGAGGAUGGUCGUUUUCUCUAUGUCUCUAAGUGGGUCGAUUACUCUCAUCGCUAUGGACUCGGCUAUCAGCUAUCCAAUGGCACAACAGGCGUCUCCUUCAAUGAUGGCACAACGAUCAUUCAGCACGACACGCAACAAUCGAGUUCCUUUGAGUUUUUGCCAGCAAGCGAAGGUAGUCAGGCUGUACAGCCUGAAGCGUAUACCAUGACGCAGGUGCCUGAGCAUCUACGCAAAAAAGUGUCACUUCUGAAACAUUUCAGGGGGUAUAUGACGGCACAUCUCAACAGUGCAGCGAAUAGCACACCAGUCACAGGCACACAGCAGACAGUGUAUAAGGAUCUAUGCACCAUGACGCAUUACCUACGUUGCAAAGCAGGCAUUUUAUUUCGGCUGAGGGAUGGGACGAUUCAAGUCAAUUUCCAAGACCAUGCGAAACUCAUCUUAUCUCCGCAUGCCGGCUAUGAAGAUGCGCAUGUACGGCAUUUAGACUGUGAUAAGCGCAUGUUUCAGUAUCCUUCACUCGCAGAAGCCGGACGAUCUGGUGGUGAUGCGUGUCGUGCAAAGCUGGCCUCAUUCGGCAGGAUUCUACAAGAAAGUGCUCAAGACCUGCACUGAAGACAACGGUCUGUUUGACAGUGAUGAUUUUGUAUUGGUACCCGUAUUGUUAUAAGCAUAGCAUUGCAAAAGUCUAUUCUACAGCCACGCAUCCCGUCUGCAUCAAUCCUCAAUAUCCAUCGUUGCCGGGAUGAAAUUUAUGAAAUGAGGCGGUUGCUUCAAUUGUUGCUCGGCGAGCAAGUCACUUCCCGAACCAGAUUCAUCAGUCUCAAGACCUCCCUUCUCAGUAUACGUCGUAGAGUCUCGUGACGUUGAAUGGACAGGUGCACGACUUGCUGCUUGCUCGCUCAGGGACGGCACGGUGGUUGUCCGCUGUUCGCUAGCAGGAUCCACUUUCCUUGACAUGAGUAAUGCAAGUCUAUCGCGAAUAGCAGACGCUGCAGAGAUUGUUAGGCUUUGCUUGAUGGGAGUGUUGAUUGGACCUGUAUACUUCCCUGAUACAGACUUUCGUGGAGCCAUGGCUACAGGUGGCGCUGGUUUCGCAAUCACCUGCGUUGUA